AUGGCGACAACUGAAACAGUCAAGUUGAAUGUGGGUGGAACCCAAUUCGUAGUGUCGCGUUCUCUCAUUGAACAGCAUUCCACCACCAUGCUGGCUCGGCUUGUCUCUGACACUUGGCAGAAGGAUCCCAAGAAAGAGAUCUUCAUUGACCGGGAUGGAGAAACAUUUCGCUUUGUCAUCCAAUUCAUGCGUGAUUCCAAAGUGAGCUUGCCCAUGUCCAAGGUAUCCAAGACAAGCCUUCUUGAUGAGUUGAGAUACUUUGGCUUUCAAAAUGUAGACUCAAAUGCAAUCAAUGCAAGCUGUGUGAGCCGUGAAUUGGUUGAUCAGAUUAGACUUAACAAUGAGAGUCAUGAAACACGGAAGACAGAACUCAGUCUAAAGCUCUGCUAUGAAGUUCUGGCUCAUUUAGCCUACACCGAAUGUUGCAAGUCUGGCAGAUUUGGUCCUGUCGCCAUUGAUCAUUCACUUCCAAGACCAAAAAUCAGCACCUGGAAUGCAGAGAUGUUUAACGAGGCUUUGGCGAAAUACGGAAUACAGGGCAAGCUGGAGGGUGGUUCUUACCCCUACAGCAAAGUCCAAGUGAGAGUGACUCGCUUGGAAGAUUGA